AUAAUAAAAGUUGCAGGUAUGGUUUCUUUGAAUUUUGAUAUUUAGUUUUCAAAACUGUGUAUAUGUGUUGUAUAUAUUGAUCAUUUAUCUUGGAUCUUGGAGUGUUACCGUUUAACAGUUAACACCUUGUUUUUGUUCAAGAAACUGUACAUCUCUUUAAAUUUGAAAGAUCUAGUUGGUUAAUACUUUUAAUGUUAAAAAGAUCAUGUUUUUUCAAUUGGGUAUAUGUGUUUUGACUCAUCUUUUAAUCCUAGAGUUUGAUCUUUGAUGUUUGAGGUUAUAAGAUAUGUGGUUCAGAGCAGGGGAGGAGCUUAGAGGAGGCCAGACCGGGCCUCGGCCCGUGCGGUUUUUUCGCCAAGUAGUGUUAAAUUUCAGGUUUUCGAGAAUUUUUUUAAAUGUGUAUUGGUUCGGCCCAGGCUAAUUUUAUCUCCAAAAAAAUCGGCCCAUGCUGAGUUUUAGGUCAAGAUCCGCCACUGGUUCAGAGAGCACCUGCAAUUGUUUGUUUUUGUUCCAAAUAUUGCACAUUUUUUUUUUUUUUUUGAAUUAGGAACUGAAUUUAUCUCAUUUUUUGCUAAGGUGUUACACAUGUUUUUGACUUAGUUUUGUUAAUUAGCACCAGAUCUUGAUCUUUUUACACUAAACCAUGUUGUUUAGGGUAAAUCUAAAUUUGGCAGGUGGAGUCACAUUUUAGAAAAAUGAGAUUGACUUCCUAAUGAGCAAACUGUCUUCCUAAAAAAAGCGGAAAUUACUCAAAUCAAAGAUUCAUGCGUUUUCACACUUGAAAUUAAGCAAAUCAUCUAUUAAACGUUGAGUAUGAAACUUGAUGUAAUUCGGGUGUGAGAUUCGGGGCAAACUUUGUCACAUGAUCUGGCCCAUUGAGACGUUUCCAUCCAUCACUUAUAGGCCCAUAACUCUAAAAGUGACACGAGUUACGAUAUUUUUAAGUUAGGUUAAGUUCUAGUCCGUUUUACCGCGGACUAACAUAAGUCAGGUCAACUCAAACGAACUCCGAUUAGAGUCAUUCUAGCGGACUAACACGAGUUACGCUAUUUUUAAGUUAGGUCAAGUUCUAGCCCAUUUAGUUAAAUAUUAUUUAGCCUCCAAAGAAAUUUAUUAAUAAUUUUAAAUUGCCUAAUUAACCAGUGCUUGGUUUUCUUCCAAGUUUAAUUAAUUUUGUAGCUAUAUUAGUUAACUUUCUAGCAUUAGUUUUUUCUUAAAUAUCUCAAAAAAAAUGUUUUUCUUAAAUUGAAUUGUUAUUUACAAAAAGGUUCCUAAAUGCCAUAUUUAACCCAAAAGGUCAAAGUGUAUAUUUGUUUCAGGUGAUUGAUGAUGGAUAGAUAUUGUGAAUACUGUGUGAAUUUAAGAUCAGUUGUUUACUGUAAGGCGGAUGCAGCCUACCUUUGUCUUUCAUGUGAUACUAAGGUUCACUUGGCCAAUCCACUCUCGAAGCGCCAUCAUAGGACCCUCAUUUGUGACACUUGCAGACGACGCCCAACCUAUGUCCGAUGUUAUGAUCAUCAAAGGUUCAUGUGUCGUGGUUGUGACCUUAGCCAACACGAUGCUUCUUCUCAGCAUAUAAAAAGAGUCAUGAGUAGUUAUGCUGGUUGCCCAUCUGCCCGCGAUUUAGGGGCGUUGUGGGGUUUUGAUUUGAGUCGGUUUGGUGAUGGUAGUAGCACUCUUGACCCUAAAUACGGUUCGAAUUCAUGUGCCUCUUCAAACACAAGUGGUGUCAGUUUAGAAACCAACGUACACGUUAAGGAAAUAUGUGGUGGUAUGCAAUCGGUCAUUCUUCAACAACUUGUCGAUUUGUUAAGAUAUCAAACGACAUCGGAUGUUGAUCAGAUUCCAUCGGUAAUACGCUGCGAAGAUCACAAAGUGGAUCCGAACGACGUUGAUCAAACCUCUCAACAAUUCUGGCUUGGCGAAAAGCAUCCUGAACACCAUGAAAUGAUUUUGGAUCCUUGUUCUUCGCCUUUCACACAAUUGGACCGUUUAGAGUCUGAAACCGAUGAAACUGAUCUCCCAGGAGACCCGUUUUGGCAAUGCAAAAGUCGGGUUCCGAGCGGCCAGCUUUGGUCUCAAAAUAUGCAAGAUCUUGGUGUAUGCGAAGAAGAACCAUCAUGCUUGGAUGAUUUGAACAUACCUGAUAUCGAUCUCACGUUUCGAAACUUCGAAGAACUCUUCCGAAUCGAGCAAGAACCCACAAGACCGGAUCAGGAUAAGUUCAUAACCACUCCCCUGACCAACUCAGAGUCAUCACCAAAGAAAGCGCGAUACGCUUCUCAUCCCAUGCCAUUCUCUCACUCAAGACUCGGCGCUGAAAGCAGUGGUACCGCGUGCAUUGAUAGUGGUACGUCACCCUCGUGUGGAUCAUUUGAGCACCAUGAGUCAGCAAAAUUGGAAGGAAACAAGAACAUUCAGCAGGAAGAUUCAAAACAAGGCCAAUGUGGUUACAAAAAAGCCCGAUCCGACACAAGAAAACGAACAAAAUCGCAGAAUUGGAAGUUUGAAAGCCAUGGAUCUAUUACAAGAAGCUUGUGAAAGUCAUAUGUUUUAAACUUUUAGUUCAUUGUUUGUUGUAGAUCAUAGUAAUUGCUAUGCCAUGAAUAAUCACUACAAGUUUUGUUGUUUGUGAUAUAGAUUAUUUACUUUUAUGUUUUACCUA